AUAUUUUGAGACUACUAUACCAAGGUAUCUAGUAGCCAAGGACCCAGCUCUCAACGGGGGGCCUCUCGAACUAAGACGCCUUCGACGAUGCGUGAAUUAUAACAAAUGUCCCUGGCGAUCAAGUCAAUAUGGCGGGCUCGGUCGCGAUGCUCUGCCUUCUCAGGACCUUUCCCAAAAUCAAGGGCCCCAUUGCCCUCCAGGAUAUCCAAUCCCUACGCUAUCCGGCUCGAGUCAACGACAGCAUAUUCUGAUGGGACAAACUCAACUGAACCCCCAGAAACAGCUCUUGUAGCCCUUCCUGAGAGGUCUCUCGAAGUGAGCGAACAACAGCCUGAGCAGGUCAUUGCCAACCUAGUUACAGACGAUACUCACGAAUCCCGCAAUCGAGCCUUUAAAGAUGCGUUCAGGAUCGAUGCGCCUCGACUGGUCGAAGACAAAGAUGCUAUGAAGCUCUUUAAACCUGUGAUCGGAAAGCCACUUCAAUAUCCAAACGAACAGGCGAACAAAGCAAGCGUACAGGAGCAUAGGCGGGACGCACGACGACAGGCCGGCUUGGGUGUGGUCUGGAGCCACUUCGAUAAGACAGUUCCGCAAUGGAUAGAGUGUUUUGGGCUAAUGAAGCGCAUGACACCGCAAUGGAGCGAGAGGGCCAACAUGUCGGCUGUAAGGAUCAUCCUACCCAAAACGUGGGAUAUCGAAGUCAACAACCAGAAUCUCGAAUAUGUCGACUCUGCGACGGGCGUGCUCCAGAAACUACGGGCAGUGGUGGAUCGUAAUCCUUCUGCCAUUGUGCUUCGUGGACAGAGCAAGAUAUUGGUCAAGGUGGCCGACGAGAUUGUGAGGUAUUGCGAAGACGCUGAAAUCUAUGAGCUGGGAGAAGUGGCGGCGUCGGAUUACAAGACGAGGCAGCUGUGGCCAACCAUUGAAAAUGCGCCAAACGGAGGCGCCUCGCUCCCUGAUGACCAUAACGACAAUAUCUGGGUGCACAAAGAGUACCAGCCUCACUCUCUCCAUGUGCCAUACGAGCAGAUCCCGCGACCGCCCUUAUGGACACAUGACAACUUUGAACACUAUAUCUCAACGCUGUGCUAUGGAAAGGUGCCUCCUCAUCUAGCAAUCAGGUUCUACGGCCAAAGGCGUGUGAAUGGGAGAUAUAUCGAUACGGAUGGCAUCAGGAUUAAGCUCAUUGUUGAUGCCUUUGAGGACCCUGCUGCAAAACCAUUCAUUACUGUCCCUGUCUUGAAAAUGGCUAUUUCCAUGAUGGCCUUCCGAGGUGGACAUCGUGCCUCUGCCAACCAUCUCGUACAAUUGGGAGAGGAAUUAGGCAUUCCCAUGGACACUGAUAUAUACAACAUCAUGCUUGAAGGCUACACUCACAAGCGUGAUAUUGGCUUCUUUUAUAGGUUUCUCCGAAGGAUGCAGGCGCGCUAUCAUCACCCUAACAUUCGAACAUGGCUGCUUUUCCUUCGACUGGUCAGGGGUGAGGACGAAAGGAGGCAGGUCAUUGUGGCCAUGUACCAAUUGGGGAUGUUCAAUCACCAGGCCACGCGUCGCGGGAUCGCCGAUGUAAUGGCCUCUCUCGAUGCAUAUGCUGCUUUCAAAGCUGGAACACCUCUGAGAUGCUUCCUGGACGAGCAGAAGGAACGCUAUGGUGAGGGCUGGCUAGCGAUUGAUGGUCUCAAUAGUAUUGCCACUGAACUACUUCGCUUCCACCGUCCAGAAGAUCCUCGAAUCGAAGAUUGCAAGAAACUGGUCAGUAUCCAUACCGAUUCAGGCCACAGAGUUGAGCUCAAGACCAUCAACAUUUUCCUCAGCCACGCGGCCAAGUCUAGAGAUUGGGAUACUGCUCUCUGGGCUAUGUCACUCUUUAAGGACGCCGGCUGCGAGCCUGACCAGGAGACUUAUGGUGCUCUCCUGUCACUUGCGGUCAAAACACGCUCACCACAUGCCCUCGGAACUGUCUACUUCUACGGCGUCCUCCAUCGUCAGCUCCAGAAGGGAUCGAGAAACUUGCUGAGCCAAGUCCUCCUUCGCACGCACAAAGACCCCUUUUGGAAAAAGCUUGAGCAUCAGCCAGGCAUUUUCCCUAGACAGGCAAUCCCUGAUAUUCUAGCCAACAAGAUUCCUCGUCUUUGGGUAGUCAUGUCCCGAGUCGAGCGUGUCAUCCUUGACAAGUGGGCGGGCUAUGUUCCCCUUAAACCCCUCGAAUAUGCGCUCGGACUUUCAUAUCGCUCCAAUGACCUGCCCAUGCACUCCCAGAUCAGCGCUGGUAAACCCAUUCAGGUGCAGGAUCUCAUCGUCAAGCUUCGCAGAGCUGACGGUCAACCUGGGAAAAUCAACGUGCGACUCAAGGGUCGUUUCGAUCCGGCGCAUAUGAUUGAGGGUUGGGAUGAGUCUCUGGCAGAUUCAAAUCAUCCGAGCAUAGUACAAGAAGAAGAGCCUGACAGUUGGCCUGAUGUUGAUGAUGAUACUCCAAAGCUUUUGUCGGCAGGGCCCAAGACGAACCCAAAAUCGCCUGGCGGUGGUCAAGAUGGUCCUCCUGAAGGACCAGAUUCCACUCCUUCCCCUGAAGCUGCUCUGAAGGAGCUCGAGAAGAAGCUCGAAGAAGCUCGAAGAAGAGACUCGAUUUAAGUCUUGCUGAACUUCUGUGAGAAGCGUCACAUACAAUCCCUAUAUAACAAUAUCAUAUUUUCAUCACCUUACAUCACUCCACCCUGUAUAUUACAAUUCCUUCUAGGAUGCCUACCCAUUUUACCCGUACUUUCAAGGGGCAGAUUAUGAUAGAAAACCACGGACAUACCAUGUACACUAGCAAAAGCACAUUUUAGAAGAGGACGGGCGAGACGGAAACCAGAACAUCGAUAAAUAAAAACGAAGUUAUGAGAA